CGGAGAGGGGGGCGUGGCCGCAGAAGUUGGUUCACAGAGGAGACCUCCGUCUGCGGAGAAGAGGAUUCAGCGGGAGGAAAAGGGAGAAAAACGUUACGGAGGAUUGAAAAAGUGGAAAAAGCCCGCGUGAAAACGACGCCGUCCUGUGACCUCACCGAUCUUCAGUCGGGUGCACUCCUCCGCGUGGAGGCGCUGGUCUUCCUCCUCCUCCCAUCAGUCGGACCGAGGAGGCGGGAUAAAAGAACUGCUGAUUGGUCCGCUGACUCUUCACUCCGACUGCGAUUGGCCGGCGGAGCUUCCAUGGCAGCGUCGGAACGGAUCCAGAAUGAUGGCGACAUUGUCGUGGAACCCAACACGACUUCAUCCGGCUCUCAAGCCACGGCCCCCCCUCAGAGGGUCGCCAAUGGCGUGCCGAGCCGCCACAGCCCGUCCCCCACAGACGACCACAACGCCAAAAGCAAGGGCGGCGGGCGCCUGAGCGGCCUGCUGAAACAAAGCCCCCUGGGGCAGACGCUGAGCCGGCUGCAGCGCCGCUGCGACUACACCAAAAUCUCCAUGCCCGAGGAGCGCGCCAACCGCCUCCCGAACGAGUGGUGGAAAACGGGCGUGGCCUUCCUCUACGCUGUCUUCAACCUCAUCUUCACCACCGUGGUCAUCACCAUCGUCCACGAGAGAGUCCCGGACAAGUCCGUGAGCCCGCCACUGCCCGACAAGUUCUUCGACUACGUGGACCGCGUUCCCUGGGCGUUCACCGUCACGGAGACCAACGGCCUGAUCCUGGUGGGGUUCUGGCUGAUCCAGUGGUUGCUCCUCAAACACAAAGCCAUCAUAGGCCGGCGCUGCUUCUUCCUCAUCGGGACGCUCUACAUGUACCGCUGCGUCACCAUGUACAUCACCACGCUGCCGGUACCGGGGAAGCACAUGGUCUGCGCUCCAAAGCUUUACAACGACUCUGUUGGGAAGAUCUGGAGGAUUCUGCGGCUGCUGUCAGGAGGAGGUUUGUCCAUCACAAGUUCACACCUGAUGUGUGGAGACUUCCUGUACAGCGGUCACACGGUCAUGCUGUCUCUGGCAUACCUGUUCAUCAAGGAGUACUCGCCCCGCUGGAUGUGGUGGUACCACUGGUUCUGCUGGCUGCUCUGCGCCUCCGGGAUCGUCUGCAUCCUGGUUGCUCAUGAGCACUACAGCAUCGACGUGCUGAUCGCAUACUUCGCCACCACCAGGAUCUUCUGGUGGUACCACACCAUGGCUAACACACACGAGCUCCGCGGCGCUCCCAACAACUACCUGUCCAGAACGUGGUGGAACCCGGUGUUUAACUUCCUGGAAGGGAACGUCCAGACGACGGUUCCGCUGGUGUUUCUGUCGCCGCUGGCGCUGCUGUCGUCCUGCAGACAGAGGUACCGGAUGGUGGAGGGGUCCCGGGACGAGUGAGGACGGCGCUCUGUGCGGCCGAGGACUCUUUAUUUAUUAGAAGCAGCUUCUGCUGAGGAAGAGCGACGAAGAGGAGACGCUGCACGGAUGUUUACAUGGGUCCACAACCGGACCACGCUAGGACUCCUUCAGGCUUCUGUGUUUAAGUCCAGGAUGAGGAGAUGAGCGCGGACUCUGCCGACGCCUCUUGGUGCUCGCUAACAAACAUGCUAGCAGGACCGAACAAUUAAAGCCCCUCGUCAACAAGUCCUAAAUCGGUCUUCUUAUCUUUGUGGGUUAUGCUAGCCGUCUUGUCUAUGCUAGCGGCUCAGAUUCUCGUGGCUAGCUAACGUCGGGUUAAGCUAGCAGGUUUUCUGUAAAUAGUUUGUUGUUGUUGUUUGAAUGUUGACACACCAAAGUGCCAAACCAGAAACUGGAGCAGACUUGAAGUUCCUGAAACAGUUCUGAAAAUAAAAGACCAAAGUGUCAUUAUGGGA